GUAAUUGAAACCAACCCUAAGCUCAUUUUAUCUCCACUCUAAAGGUAACCCCGAUUAUUGCUGACUUAAGCAUUGGAGUGUCUACCCCGAGAGCUCACCUCGGGGCUUUGCAGCUUUUCUCAAGAGAUUUGUAGUUAGUGGUUGUGAAUGGGUGGAAUCAUUCACAGAGAGGAUGCUGCAACAUUGUAUGGAACUCCAAUCCAUUUCUAUUUGCGAGUGUAAAAUAUUGAAAAGUUUACCCACCCUUGAUUGGGUCAGCAAUCUCGUUGAAUUAUCUAUUGAAAGCUGUGAUCUUCUCAAGUCCUGCCCAAAUACAAUAUAUCGGUCGAAUUCUCUUCGAAGUCUAUCGAUGGGAGGCUGUCCAGGCAUCAAGUUCAUUCCAGAUGGGGGUUUGGCCCCAAGCUUAACAGACCUUGCAUUCUUAGACUGUAAGAAUCUCAAGUCCCUCCCACGUAUGAUGUACCAGCUAAAAUCUCUUCAAAGGCUACGGUUGGAAGACUGCCUCAGCAUCGAGUUCAUUCCAGAUGGGAGUUUGCCCACAAACUUAACAGAUCUUAGAUUAGACUGUAUGAAUCUCAAGUCUAUACCAAAUACAAUGUGCCAGCUCACAUCACUUCAGAGAUUAACAAUCCCAGGAGGGCUCUUCCAAAACCUAAACUCCCUUCAAAAGUUAUGGAUAAUUGACUGCCCGAAGCUACAAUCUUUGCCAGGGGAAGCCUUUCCUCCUUCGCUUGGAGAACUAUAUAUCAGCAGGUGUCCACUUCUAAGAGGACAGCGCUUUGAGGCGAAAGGAGACUACUGGACUCUCACCCGUGCCAUCCCCAAUGUCGAGAUAGAUGAGGAUGAGGACCUCAUGUUUGAAGAGUUGGGAGCCUGCUGAUUCAGAAGGAUAUUCUCAAUACAUAUAGUGCCUUACUUCUUGCCAGCUGCAUGUCAUAUGGACUGCCCUUUGUUCAAAUGUGAUUUUUCUGUAAGCUGGAACUGAAACGCAGAUGACCAAGUCAAGCUGCAGGCAGUUUGACAAAUUUUUCUUUUGGGAAAGCAGAACUUACACUGUGAACCCAUGUGAACCAUCGCCCUCCUGAAAUUCACAAAUCAAUCAUCUAAGCAAAAGUUAGCACAAGAAAAUCAGUAGAAAAGCCCAGUGUUAGUGACAGCUUCAAGAAUGGUGGUCCGCAGCUUCACUGUUAGUGACAGCUCAGUGUUGUUACUUGUAAUCAGUCUGGAUUGGUGACCUUCCUUCUUGCCUGGAACAUGGUUUUGGUAUUUGGCCAUCUAGACUGGCGUUUUGUUAAAAUGGGAAUUUCUGUAGGCUGGAACUGGAAAGUGGGAUUACCUUUGGUGAAUUCAACAAGCCUGUAAUCUAUUUGAAGCUUCUGUUUUGCAAACUUUCAGUUGGGAAAGCAGAACUUACUCUGAAAGAAAAAAAAAGGGUGAUCUUGUGGACUGCUGAUGAAAAGAGGAAAAAAGUCAGAAACCAAAAAAUAGCAAAGCAUAAAUGCAUGAGGUACUAAUUACUUCAACUGACAUGUAAUAUUAGCAUCAUAACAACAAUACUUGGCAUCAUGGCAUGUUUAGAACAAUGUCGCCUUAACUACCCUCCCCGAACCCCCGUCUUCUUCACUUUCAUCUAAAUUUCUCAUAAUUUUGGCGAAUGCUUCCUUGCAUCUUCAUAACAUCUUACAUAGGUCUUGUCUUGUAUCUUAUAGGAUUUUGAAUAAAGAUAAACCCUUUAC